GCUUCUGGUAAAAUUGCAAUCCGGCAGCAAGAUUUGAAAGAGAAAAUGCGAACAAAACGGGAGAAGCGUCGUGCCAUGAGCGGCAAAGGCGUUCGAUUGACAUCAGACGAGGAGGAGGCCCUUAGGAAUGUAGACCCAGGAUCCGAUGUAGCGACAAGUAUUGUUGAGACGGCACAACUUCGAGAAAGCUCUAAGGAAAGGAACACAGAAAGCGGUAUAUAUAAUGUUCUAGCUGAAAUCGAGGAAGACGAACUUAAAGACACCAAAGCCAAAGUUCUUAACGAUCUUUUGAGUAAAACGGCGAUGUCGGAAGAGGAGAAACGGUCCUUUGUUGCGAAGUUCUUUGAACAAGCUGCGGAAGCCAAAGAAAAGAUGGAUAGCACGAGAGAAUAUAAUCAAGCUGUACUCGCCGCUAAAAUAGCUGCACGAAGAAGAAUGAAAGAAAGUCUCGCGAAGGAAAAAGCAAUGAAAGAUGAGGUCUCUGCUCUGUCUAAAAAGCAGGUAAAUAUAACCAUGAAAUCAAAUAAUAUUUUGAAUUUAAAUACAUCUCUAGUUGAAUGUGUGGCAUACAUGAUGAAUGAUUCUCUGAAUAUUGAUGCACUAUAUUGCUUCCAAAUUUGGGGAUCCAAAACAGAUACAAUAAUAGUGUUUGCUGCAAAAUUAUAUAUUAUUACCAAAUCACAUCCGCCUUAAUUGUGUAUUCGCGAGAUUAUACGCAUUAUUCCACAUUUUGGAAUGGAAAAUUGUUUCACUUGUUGUUUGUGGAUGAUGGAAUUUUUUGUUUACUGGCACUGCUCAACGGAAUGAGGAAUUGUGACGUGGAAUAUAUGGAAUAUUCAGCUUGACAACAAUUUACUAUGGAAUUUCAUCUAUUUUUCCAACUUCAAUUUUUGCGUAUUUGGUCAAAUUAUCCUUGGGAAUGUGGAGUUUUUAAGCUUGAAAAUUCCUCCUCAUCCCUGAAUACACUGAUUGUUUGACAGUGAUAUACUAAUUAUUUGUAAUAGAUAAUCUGGUUAGUUAUUAGUGAAAAUUACAUAGACGCGUGUCUUUGAAAUAUUCAUAUAAUACCACGAGCAAUAUUAAGUGAAAAUUUUCCAAACACAGAAGUGCUAUUUCUAUCAAUACUUGAUAAUUUUAAUAUUAUUCGAGACAGAAACAAAAUAGUAUUAUGUAAUCAGUAUACCUUUGUUUUUAUUCAAUCUUAGUUCAGUCUCACCAUUGAGGGCACGUUCACGUGAAGCAAAUACGGGCCGAAAUUGGUAUUGUAAACACAGCCUUAAUGAACUCAACUCAUUUUCUCUCGCCGUCCUUUAUCUGUAUUAAAGUUAAUUUUGUAAUCUUUCGGUGGCAUUAUCAAUAAAAUUUGGCUGUAGAGACUAUGCAUUCGCAGAAGUGAAUACUAUCGCCCGUAUUCUAAAAGCUCACUCAGACUCAAUGAGUGUAUGUUCAAUCUGAGCUUCUCUUUAGCGUCAAUGUUGCUUUUGAAUAGCUGGAGGGGUAGUGCCAUAGGUUACUAUGUGACUGCUCACCCUCCAGCUAUUCAAAAACAGCAUUGGCACUCAAGAGAAGCUUAGAUUGAACCUCCACUCAUUGAGUGUGAGUGUGAGUGAGCUUUUAGAAUACGGGCGUAUAGCUUCGUCAUCAAGUACGAAAAUUAUCUACAUUAAGAUUCAGUAACACCUAUCUCCAAUUGAUCCAGUAUUACUACAAGAAGAACGUAACCGGAAUACCCGUAGAGAACUUGCGGUGUUCAAAUAGACAACUAUAUAUAAUGCAGGAAUUAAGGUCCGUCAGCAGAGGUGAUACGAAUAUAUCCACUAUACCACUCUGCCACUAUAACAAUACUCCUUGAAGAAUAUAAAAACUGACUUUUGCUAGAUCUCUCUGUUCUGAUUGUCUUGCUUAUAUUACCAUGCAGGCUCGUAUGUCAAAAGACGCAGACACGGUUGAUGUCCUGGAAACAACGGAAAAACUGAUGAAGGAAAAUUUGAAUGAAAAAAUGGAAUCUUUAGAAGAGGAACAGACUGUGAGGCUUGAAGAGAUGGAGGUCGAACACAGAAAAGAUGUAAUUCAUAUGGAGGAAGAACUCAAGAAUGCAACGAAUAGGGGGAUGUCCAGCAUUGAGCAGCAAAUGGAACAGCAGAAGCAAAAG